AUGGCCGCACCGCCCUUGCCCAACCGGACGGCGUUGAACUACUCGGGUGGAGGUGGAGGCAGGCCGGUCGGGGUGGGUGCUCCCCCUCUUCCCUUCGCCACCCCCUACGGCCCCGCGUCGCCGCUGCAGCUCCCGCCGCGGCCAGCAGCAGUCCAGUAUUCACAGUCGCCCUACCCGGCACCCUACACCUCCUACGCCCUCGGUCCUCCCAUCUCCCACCACCAGCCACCACCUCACUACUCGCCGCCACCCCACUACUCGCCGCAGCCGCACCAGCAACCGCCCCCUGCAGCCCUCUACGCCCCGCCUCCCUAUCAGCAGCAGCCACCGCCUCCGCAGAUGCAGAUGCAAGCCUCUCCCCCUCGCCCCCCGCCGCCAGGCUCGAGUUCGUCGUCCUACUACGACGCCUGCCCACCACCGUCGCAGUCCUCUGAGGGCUGGCUCCCGCCGGGGGCGCUCGAGCCUCAGCCAUCGCCCCCCUUGCCGUCUUCCUCCUCCUCGUCCCUGUCGCCCGCACCCCCGCAGCCCGCACUGCCACCGCGCCCCCGCUCAGCCGGCACGACUCCCACCACUACCACGACGACGGCAUACGAUGGUAGCUACCCAUCGUCGGCGUCCGCACCAGGCCUGUCGACGUGCACCAGCAGCGAGUUCACGUACUUGGAACCGGCAGAGCUGACGCCGCGCGAUUCCUAUUCGAGUGUCCCGCCAACCAUCGCGCUCCCCGCGCUCCCGCCCCAACCACAGCCCCAGCCACACCACGCGGAGGAGAAGGGGACGCAUGAACACCUGAAGGUGGCAACUAACACACCGUCCCCGCGCACGGGACCGCCAGUUCUCUCAACCAGCGCCAGGUAG